AUGACCCGCCGGAGCCUGUGGGAUGUGUCGGAGGAGGCCAACGUGGAGGACGGAGACGUCCGCAUCAAUGUCGGGGGCUUCAAGAGGCGGCUGCGCUCGCACACGCUGCUGCGCUUCCCGGAGACGCGCCUGGGCCGCCUGCUGCUCUGCCACUCCCGGGAGGCCAUCCUGGAGCUCUGCGACGACUACGACGACGCCCAGCGCGAGUUCUACUUCGACCGCAACCCCGAGCUCUUCCCCUACGUGCUGCACUUCUACCGCACCGGCCGGCUGCACGUCAUGGCCGAGCUGUGCGUCUUCUCCUUCAGCCAGGAGAUCGAGUACUGGGGCAUCAACGAGUUCUUCAUCGACGCCUGCUGCAGCUACAGCUACCACGGCCGCAAAGUGGAGCCGGCGCAGGACAAGUGGGAGGAGGAGCAGAGCGACCAGGAGAGCACCUCGUCGUCCUUCGACGAGAUCCUGGCCUUCUACAACGACGCCGCCAAGUUCGAGGGGCAGCGCCUGGGCCGCGUCCGGCGGCGGCUGUGGCUGGCGCUGGACAACCCCGGCUACUCGGUGCUGAGCCGGGUCUUCAGCAUCCUGUCCAUCCUGGUGGUGCUGGGCUCCAUCAUCACCAUGUGCCUCAACAGCCUGCCCGACUUCCAGAUCCCCGACGGCCAGGGCGACCCGGGCGAGGACCCCCGCUUCGAGAUCGUGGAGCACUUCGGCAUCGCCUGGUUCACGCUGGAGCUGCUGGCCAGGUUCGCCGUGGCCCCCGAUUUCCUCAAGUUCUUCAAGAACGCCCUCAACCUCAUCGACCUCAUGUCCAUCGUCCCCUUCUACAUCACGCUGGUGGUGAACCUGGUGGUGGAGAGCACGCCCACCUUGGCCAACCUGGGCCGGGUGGCCCAGGUGCUGAGGCUGAUGCGGAUUUUCCGCAUCUUAAAGCUGGCCAGGCACUCCACCGGCCUCCGCUCACUGGGGGCCACCCUAAAAUACAGCUACAAGGAAGUAGGGCUGCUUCUGCUCUACCUCUCGGUGGGGAUUUCCAUCUUCUCCGUGGUGGCCUACACCAUCGAGAAGGAGGAGAACGAGGGCCUGGCCACCAUCCCCGCCUGCUGGUGGUGGGCCACCGUCAGCAUGACCACGGUGGGGUACGGGGACGUGGUUCCCGGGACCAUGGCGGGGAAACUGACCGCCUCCGCCUGCAUCCUGGCGGGGAUCCUCGUGGUGGUCCUGCCCAUCACCCUGAUCUUCAACAAGUUCUCCCACUUCUACCGGCGCCAGAAGCAGCUGGAGAGUGCGAUGCGCAGCUGUGACUUUGGCGACGGGAUGAAGGAGGUUCCGUCCGUCAACUUGAGGGACUACUACGCCCAUAAGGUUAAGUCCCUCAUGGCGAGCCUGACAAACAUGAGCAGGAGCUCGCCGAGCGAAUUAAGUUUAAAUGAUUCCCUACAGUAG